UCACACUCUGGGGAACGUCACAAACGUCACAUGCAGUCACCCUCGUGACCAUUUCCUCGUCACGCUGGCUACGCGUCCAUACCUUGCUUUCAGAUCACUACCAUGGAACCUUCAUACCGCAUCGUUCCACAUACCCAAACAAAAACUGCGUCCAUAAAUGACACUGCAGGCAGUUUGGGCCUCCAUGACACCUUCCAGUACGGCCUUCGUAGCAUUGCAACUGAGACGAGAGGAGCCGAGUUCGAGAACCGUAUUGCAAAGUGGGAAGAGACGCAGGACAACGCAAGGCUAACCAUGCUGGCUAAUGUCUACGGUCCGCACGCACCUAUGAGAUUGCUUAUGGAACGCCAGAUCGUGUCCGCCAAUUCUCACAUGCCUGGCAUGCCACAGUCAAACAUCCAUCUGGACAUCCUGAUGGGUCGGGACGAGACACUAGACCCAGCCGACUUCUUCCUUGGCAUGGAGAGUGGUCCACCGUUAAACAUUCACAACGAGAUGGAAAGGAAACUCCGACUGUAACUCUAGAUUGUUGUAACACCCUACCUAGUAAUGUCAUAACCAUAACCUGAACGAUGACAGGGAAGAAAUGCACGGGAAAUAAAGUGAUGACAAUGCUAAAGGUG